CUCUGACGAUUGCAAACUAUCCACUCUCGUCAGUGGAGGAGUGCCAAGGCACUCAAGGGAGUAAUGGAUGAAUUAGUGGUUACCCCUGACCAUGGAGUCACAGAGACCCAACUGGUCAACCUUUUCUACCGGGCUACGUCCGAGUCGUUGCGUGGGCACUUCUUUGAGAAGAGCCAGCAACCCACCAUGACCUACGACGCAUUGAGCAGGGAAGUGGUGGCGUUUGAAGCAAAGUCUGUGUCAGUUUCCACCUUCUGGCACAAGGAUUUGGAUAAGGGAAAAAGGUGGAAGGGUCGCACUAUCUCAGGGCAGGUGAAGACAAAGGAUAGUCUGAUCCUUACCUUAGAUGAGGGUAGUGUUGACGAGAUCCCCUACGACCAGAUAGAGUGGGGGCUGGAGGAUGUGGACAGCGGCGCGAGUCAAGGGAGAACUUACGCGACUGUCGCGGCCGGAGGGAGGCCGCAAGGAGGAGGACGGGGCCAGGGCCAAGGGGGCCGGGCCUCAGGGAACCGUUCUCAGGGCGAUCAGGGGGUUGGCGACAGAGGAGGAAACCGCCAAGCGGGAGGAAGGGGUCAAGGUGAAGUAAGAGAAGAUGGAGGAGAAGGGGAAGGAGAUGAGGGAGAUGGAGAUGGAGAAGAAGGGAAGGAAGACAAGGAGAAUGAAAGUGAAGAGGAGGAAGGGGGAGAUGAAGAGGGGAGAGAAGAGAAGGAAGAAGGAGGGAGUGAGGAGGAAGAAGAGGAAGAAGAAGGAGGAGAGGAAGAAGGAGAAGAAGAGGAAGAAGAAGAAGAUGAAGAGGAAGAGGAAGAAGAAGAAGAAGAAGAAGAGGAAGUAGAAGAUGGAGGUGAAGAAGUCUUCGAGCCGCUUAGACCAACGCGGGUGUUAGGGCCGGGGCAUCUGGUCCACCUCGACCUUGCGGUCAUGCCUGUAUCAACGGAUGGGUACAAGUAUAUCCUGGAUGCAAGAGAUAACCUGAUUGGGUUCGUGGAGGCAGUCGCCCUCAAGAAAAAGACAGGGAGGAGUGUGGCGGACUGGAUAGAAGACUUCUACUUGAGGCAUCCGUUCGUCAGGAGGUUUAUAGCAGACAAUGGGACGAAGUUUGUGAACCAAGAAGUAUUGGGGAUGCUUAAGAGACUCUGCGUACCGAUCAAACUCAUCGAGCCGUAUCACCCUGAGGCCAAUGCACCUGUGGAAAAGGGGCACCGAACCUUGAAGAACACGAUUGCAAAGCUCGCAGCGGACCAUCUGGGGAACUGGCCUAGGUAUCUUAAGCAGGCUGUCUUUGCAAAGAAUAUGACCCCUAAAAGGACAACAGGAUGUAUCCCGGCAGAGCUUUGGUACGGAAGAGAGAUCGACUUUCCUGUGGAAGCCUUGGUACCUACCUGGAAUAGGUUAGAUGAUGAUCCACAGAUGACCACUGAAGAGUUAAUCGAGGCAAGAUGUCAACAAAUCCUUAAGAAUGAGGAGGUCAUGGAAGACAUCGCUAACCGGGUACUAGACAGCAGUAUGAGGGACAAAACAAGGUGGGACCAGACAGAAGACGAGGAGGACGCGGAGGAGGAUGUGCGAGAAGUCAUAGAAAUCAGCAGCGGGGAUGAGAGGGAUGAGAUCUCAAGGCAUAGGGAAGAGGGGCGGCCUCCGAUGCACCAGUCGGGCGACGGGGCUUUCAGAUGGGAGGACGAGUUUGGGCCAACGCCCAGUCAUUGGUUUCAGCAAUGGACCAAUGUGAUCAGGCACGAAUGGAUUAUGAAGACUCGGGAACUCGCAAGGGCAGGGGUGGAAGCCACACCACUGGAUUUUUUUAACGAGGCAGGGUUACGGAAAAUUGUAAGGAUGAAAAGAGAAAUCGAGACCUACGGCCUGGGGUUAGAAAGCCUGUCAAGGAACAGGGUGGACAAGGAACUGGGCAAGACGAGGCACAAGGCAGCAAUAGGAACUAGGUGUGAAGUAAGAGAAGAUGGAGGAGAAGGGGAGGGAGAUGAGGGAGAUGGAGAUGGAGAAGAAGGGGAGGAAGACAAGGAGAAUGAAAGUGAAGAGGAGGAAGGGGGAGAUGAAGAGGGGAGAGAAGAGAAGGAAGAAGGAGGGAGUGAGGAGGAAGAAGAGGAAGAAGAAGGAGGAGAGGAAGAAGGAGAAGAAGAGGAAGAAGAAGAAGAAGAAGAGGAAGAGGAAGAAGAAGAAGAAGAAGAAGAAGAAGAAGAAGAUGGAGGUGAAGAAAGCGUGGAUGCAAAGGUUGCAGGUAAACACAGGGAGGAUGCAAAGGUUGGAGAUGAAGACAGGUUACGAGAAGACGGUGCUGCGGCAAUCCCGAACAUUGCCAUGCAUAGGUGUGAUGACGCUGCGAUUGCCCUCGACCUCCCCAAAACCGAUUCUGCUGAGGUUAUGGCAGGUACACAAAUUGGUUCAGAUGACCAUAUCUCAGCCAUCGACGAGAACAGUAAUGCCAAUGAUGGCGAUGAUGAUGUGGUAGCUGCCCUCCCAGAUAAUUCCAAGGGUCCCCAGAGUCCCGAUAGUGCCCGAGGGGAUGGGGACAGGGACAGUAUCAGGGAAUCUCCCACUAGAGCAGUUACAUUGCUGCAUCAGGGUUCAAUUGCGUUGACGCAUGAGGAGAUGGAGGUUCUCCUGACGGAUUACCUACGGUGCCUACCUGCAGAGGUAAGGACCAAGCUGGUUGAUGAGGCCUAUGUCGAACAGCACAGCUUCGCUACUUUUAGUAAGAAAGCUCUAGAAAUAGAGGCAAAGCUGGGAUCCGCGCAUCAGGCAUCUCAUGAUGGUAGGAAGAGACUUCCCCAUGACUGGAAGAAGAAGGGUCAGUUGAUGUUCGUUGACCAUGAUGGUCAAACGACGGAGAUUGACGAUUUCCUAGACCUUGGGGAGGUGACAGAGCAAGAUGGGGCUACUGAGACUUCGGAUGGGGGAGUCGUGGCACCCAUCAAGGAAAAGGCUAGGGGGACCGGGAAGAAGACGGUAGUACGGUCCACGGGUCAGGGCGCCCAAGGAACACCCGAAUGGGUAAAACUUGGUUUAGAGUAUGAGGUGUGGAGGGACCGAGUUGCUAGGGGCACGUGCAUGAACUGUGGCAACUAUGGCCACACGUCUCGAACGUGCCGAGGCAAGAAAGUCCUGACGAGGGUAGCCUCACCAACGGUGGUGGGACUAUCUUCGAACCCUCGCGGUGUGGUGGAAAGGGAGGUUGUCCAUGCAAUAGAGGUUGUCUCAGGUAGCAAGGUGCCUAGAGGACGAAUCUAUAGGAUGUCUCUUGCGGAGUUAGAUGAGCUUCGCCGCCAGCUCAAUGAGCUCACAGAGAAGGGAUGGAUUCGGCUUAGUACCUCCCCUUACGGCGCUCCAGUCCUAUUCGUACCGAAGAAGGGAGGUACCUUGAGGAUGUGCAUUGACUAUAGGGGCCUCAAUGCCAUCACCGUUAAGAACGCGGAGCCCCUACCCCGCAUCGACGACCUCUUGGAUAGAGUGCAGGGAUGCCGGUACUUCACCAAGAUAGAUCUGAAGUCCGGAUACCAUCAAAUUGCCAUUAGGCUUGAGGAUCAGCACAAAAACGCAUUUCAGACCAGGUACGGUCUGUACGAGUUUGUGGUGAUGCCCUUUGGACUAUGCAAUGCACCUGGGACGUUCCAGCACGCGAUCAACAGGAUUUUUCAUGACUACUUAGACAAGUUUAUCGUCGAGUACCUCGACGAUAUUUUCAUCUUUAGUAGGACUGUAGAGGAGCACUCUGAGCACUUGAAAACAGUGCUAGGUCUCCUAAGACAGCACCAGUACAAGGUUAACUUGGAGAAAUGCGAGUUUGGUCGCACCAAGAUCUUGUACUUGGGUCAUGAAAUCUCAGCAGAUGGACUGAGGCCGAAUGAUGCCAAAGUGGCCAGCAUACGUGACUGGCCCAUACCUCAGACUGUUACUGAGGUCAGAUCGUUUUUGGGGAUGACAGACUACUAUCGUCUGUUUGUGAAGAACUAUAGUACUAUAGCUUCCCCAUUGACAGAUCUAACUCGACUGGACACCCCUUGGGAGUGGACUGAAGAGUGUGAGGCAGCCUUCAGGAAACUGAAGUACGCCCUGACACACUAUGAGGUUCUUAAACUUCCUGACCCUGAUAAGCCGUUUGUCGUGACCACAGACGCCAGCCAAUAUGGCAUAGGCGAGGUCCUUGCGCAAAAGGAGGGGCCCAAGUUGAGACCUAUCGAGUACAUGAGCAAAAAGAUGCCAUCUCGUAAACUAGCUAAGUCCACUUAUGAGCAUGCCGCAGCAGGCGUUGAACAUAUUAGGAAGUCUCAGGAUGCUUUGAUCGCAUUUGAGAAUAAGCAUAGAUGGCCCUCUAACUUUCAGUUACGUGAUAGAGUCUGGGUAAAGUCAUCUGAACUAGGUCAGGAGAUGGGAAUAUCCAGAAAACUGAUGCCGCAGUAUUUUGGGCCCUGGGAGAUCUUGGACAUUGUAGGGGAUCAACCAGAUGGGCCUUCAUACGUGAUCCGUAUUCCUGCACACCUACGCACUUACCCUGUGUUCCAUGCUUCCAAGUUGGCACCUUUCGUUGCUACGGAGCAGUUUCCUUCAAGAAGAUCAAUGCUGCCCCCAACCAUGGACGGCGAGGUGGACAUCGAUCAGAUUGUGGACAUCGAAUGAUGCCUGUUUCUCGAUCAUCAGGCAGAGGGCGCCCUCCUAAACCGAGAAUGCAGUAUCGUGUGAG